CACUGCUACUGAGCGCUGACCUCUCACUGCUUCUGCGCAUGUUCCGCACUACCAGCCCCUUGUCACGGGUGUACUGUAGUUACAAAAAACGUAGUACGGUCAUUGACUGUCUGUUGUUACAGCAGGUCCAAUGCAGCGGCCAUUUUAUUGGAGUACAUGAAUCGCAGUGUACUCUGGAUGUACGGACUUAAACUUCACACUCAGACAGGCUGCUGAGUACUAACUGCCUAGUGGUCGCGCCUGUUUCCCAGGAUAACGCGAUAUGUGUAAUGGUUGUGUAUGUUCGGUUACCGGCAUGUACUACCGCGCAUGUGCGGCUUGCUGACCGGCGCGUUCACUCGUUUGGCCUAGUCCGUUCAUGCGCAGUGCGCGGCGCUCAUGUCUGCCCGGUAAGCGCGCAUGCGCGGACUCCCUCUCUGGUGCUGAGUCCAGGCAAGCGCGCACCCGGCACGGAGCGGGCAGCGGCCACGUAGCUGCGCGGCACCGGGGGCGCGCACGGAGGGGGUCGCUCGGUGUAGUGACGUGAGCGGCGGAGGAGGAGGAGGCCGAGGACAGGAAGGAAGCUUCCCGGGAGCCAUGGACCGAGACACCCCGGGUGGGAGGGAAGUGAUGACAUGGGCACUUUUAUCCCAGAAAGGGACUAAUGCAGAGUUGAAUGAAAGGCUUUCCAUGGACCAUAAGGUCUAAAUUGACCCUGGAUUCCUAAAGUACAGCAUUCAAGAAAAGUGUCUUAUUAACAUCUUUCCAUAUACUUUGCAGUUACUCUAAACAUUUAUAAAUGUUGCGACCUUCAAACCUUCAGCCUGACCCAAUGGGUCAGGCAGCCAACUCCUGCCAAAAAUUGCUGGAUGGUCGCCCUUCAGAUAUUUCUGGGAUGGGACUUGAUGACCCAUUGCGAGUUGGUGUUCCAACAUCAUUUUACCAUAGUACAAAUCAAGAACUUGAUCUGUCAAAUAAGCAAUUUAAAAGAGAGACAGGUGGACCUUAUUCAGUUAUGAUGGACACUAAAGUAGGCAAGCCACAUCUCCUUGAACAAGAACAGCAGUCAUUUUUUAGGGACAAUAAGCCAGCCAAUGAUGUUCGACCUGUUAAAGGGGAGAGACAAAAUUCUGGUGAAUCAGAGGACGACGACGAUGAUGAUGAUGACGAUGAGGAGGAAGAAGAUGAGGAUGAUGUGAAUUACAAGAGAGAACAGAUAAUUGUGGAAGUGAACCUCAAUAACCAAACAUUAAAUGUCUCCAAAGCAGAUAAAGGUGUAGCCAAGGAGUCCUCCCACUUAAAAACCAGUAGUGAUGAGGAGGGAGGUGAAUCUGGAGAGGACGAGCAAGACAGCCAUGAGGAUGAAGAAAAUGAAUCCCAAACUGGUGGAAAUCAGACCAAUAUGGAACAUGUGAACCAGGACCAAAAAACUGAAAACUCCAAAAUGUUGGCUAGUGAUGGAACUACACUUGCCAACCCCAAUAAUGAACAAGUUAAAAGUGAGGCUCCCAAGCGCAAAAAGAAGACUCCCAAAGAACCUAAAUCUCCUACUGACAAGGGAAAGGUUGAGGAGAAGGAGACUCUUACUUGUGACAAAUGUCCUCGGGUUUUCAACACACGAUGGUAUUUGGAAAAACAUAUGAAUGUUACGCACCGACGGAUGCAAAUUUGUGAUAAGUGUGGCAAGAAGUUUGUCCUGGAGAGUGAGUUGUCUCUACAUCUUCAGACAGACUGUGAAAAGAACAUUCAGGGUUCCUGUAAUCUGGUCCCAAAGAUGUGUAUCACGUGCAACAAGACCUUUAAAAAGCUCUGGUCCCUCCAUGAGCACAUUAAGAUCGUCCAUGGAUACGCCGAAAAGAAGUUCUCGUGUGAGAUCUGUGAGAAGAAGUUCUACACAAUGGCACAUGUUCGCAAACAUCUGGUCGCUCACACAAAAGACAUGCCAUUCACCUGUGAGACAUGUGGUAAAUCAUUCAAGAGAAGUAUGUCCUUGAAGGUUCACUCUCUACAACACUCGGGAGAAAAGCCUUUCAGAUGUGAGAACUGCGAUGAGCGGUUUCAGUACAAGUAUCAGCUGCGUUCACACAUGAGCAUUCACAUCGGACACAAGCAGUUCAUGUGCCAGUGGUGCGGCAAAGACUUCAACAUGAAGCAGUAUUUUGAUGAGCACAUGAAAACACACACUGGAGAGAAACCCUUUAUCUGUGAAAUCUGUGGCAAGAGUUUCACCAGCCGCCCCAACAUGAAACGUCACCGCAGGACCCACACGGGCGAGAAGCCUUACCCAUGUGAUGUUUGUGGUAUGCGCUUCCGUUUUUCCAACAUGCUAAAGGCUCACAAGGAGAAGUGUUUCAGAGUCACCAGUCCAGUGGGUGUUCCCCCGGCCUUGCAGAUUGCUCUUAACAAUCCAUCACAAGGUGUCGGCAACCUCCAAACAGCCCAUGUGCCACCAAGCAGUCCCACACCACCCCUGAACCUUAAUGCCCUGAGUUCUCUGCCGCCUCGGCCCAUCCCUCAUCCAUUCUCACACCUGCAUCUACACCCGCAUCCGCACUCCCAUCCACAUCACUUGGCAGUACCGCCAGUACCACACCUGCCUCCACCACCAGCUCUGUUUAAGAGCGAGGCAUUGAACCACCGUGGACAGACCGAUGAUAGUUUCCUACGGCACCUGGCAGAGAAGACCAGCGCUAGCCAACAUCAUUAAUGGCACUGUCAAGCUACAGAAGUGUACAGAAGUGCCAGCCUCAUGGGAUUGGUGCCCCAACUUAGAUCUGAUUGAACAGCAUCAGCAUAUGGCUAGGCAAGAACUACACAACAGGCCCUUGUUACUGGCAGAGUGCAUUAAAAGUUCACAAGUGGAGCGCAUCAAGACCCUGCUUUGGGAAAUAACUGUAGCGUAGAGCAGUGUUGCCCCAAUGGGGUGGCUGACUCGUGAUCACUACUCAAGCAUUAUUUUCACCAAUAAGUUGUCUAGACUGUACCAACAGUCUGACCCUACAAGUGGCACUGCAGAGUGGUAGGAGGUUUAUCGGCAUUAACCCAAAGUCUGCAGAUUGCCUGACCCAGUCUUCAUACUAGGCAUAAAACGAGUUAAGUAACUGAAAACUGGGCAAGUGAAUGGUCCCAGAUGGAUUCCAAACUACUCUGGGAAGGCAGAGAAGGAACUUUAGGGUAAUUUCUGUCCCUAUUGUAUACUAAUGUCUGAGACUGAAAAUGUCCUUAAAGCAUUAAAAAAAAAAAAAAAUUCACUCCCAUUACUCUUCAUGUUACAGCCCCAAGAAGGUAUGCCGUUAUGUCUGAGAAAAUGUUUAGACGGCUCCCAUGCGUAUUUUACUACCAAAAUUAUUUUAGAGGAUUUUUUUUUUUGUAUAGACUGAGUCUAGUCUGAUGUAUUUCAACAAAGAUAUGUAUUUUUUAUUUUGUCUAGCUUUUCUCCUUCAUCACCAACUUUUUUUUUAUUUAAUUUUUUUUUUUUUUUUUUAAAUAACCAGAAAAAAUUAAUUCACAAAGCUCCCUAUUGGUAAUACAAUCCUUUGGUAAUACUUAACUGCCCCGGAUUUGUAAAAGUGGUGUACAUUUAGGACCUUUUUACCUUUAAAAGUGCAGUCCCCCUUGCUGGUUACAUAAAAGAAAAAGUGUAUUUACUCCACCAAACCCACAAGGUAUUUGACACCCAGAAAUCUGCUGUUCUUUUCAAACGUUUUCAGAACGUUUUGCCUUAGUGUUUAAAUUAUUAUGUUCCUAGUACAGUACUUACCAACACAUGCAUUGGUAACCGUAAAACAUUGCAGCUGGGCAAGCAAAAUGGAACUGCACCUUUUAAGGUUUAUUCCCUUUUAGUCAAUGUUGAAAUCAACAAUUUUCUAAUAAACUCCUUCCUUUCCACCUGUCUCAAUGACCACUCAGAAAAUGUGUGUUAAAUAAAAAACAAACAAAAAAAAAAAAACAAUUAUAAAGUACCAAGCACUUUAAAGGAGAAUCGACUGUCCCCUUUCUAUUACAUAAAUGGACAAGUGAUAGGUCACCAGAUGAUAUGAACUUCAUGUGACGAAUGAGUGGUGUUGAGCAAUUGACAUGGAGUCGCACAGGAUGGGGAAUCCAGAGUGUGAUCAUUUUUGAGGUGAUAUUAACUGAAUUAUGUGAAUUUAUAUCCUAAUAUAUUAGUUUUCAGACGAUAUUGCAACAUUGAUAAUAAAGGGCUUAAUAGUGGAGCUGGACCUUAAUUUUUAGUAAUUUACUUGUAAAGAAAUGUGCUUAGUCUAUGACUAGUCCUGUUUAGUCAGUUUAUUCUUGAAAUAAACUACCCCACAACAAAAAUGAUAGGCAUGUUCCUUGGCUGCAGGGUUUUAAGUCAGGUAGUAUGUUACUCAUAUAAACAUUCAACUGUUUAUUAGAAUCAAUAAUUAUUCACUAAUGCUCACAAUUUAAUUAGCGCAAUGGUUAACUGAAGACUGACUCAACUCCAAAUCCAUUGGACUAAAUUAGGUCUACCACCUUCAGAUUACUUUAUUUUUUGUAUUUCAACUAAAUGCAUUGCUUUAGCUUCCUCACUUCCACCUGUGUUUUCCAGCCAUUUAUUUAAUCUAUCGGGGUUUUUUUUCCCUCGUAACCCUGAGAUUCAGCUACGUCCGCCAGCUUUUUGUGGAUUCCAGGGCCGAUGAAAAUAAAAAACAAUUUGAUAAAAAUAAGAUCGGGAUGUAAAGCACAGAAAACAAGCUAGACUGAAAAAGCCAUGCAGUUAGUAAAAGUUGCAGGUGUUCAUAUGCCAGCCAAUAAAUUUAGUUUUCUGAAGGGAAUAAAAAAUGUUAUUUAUUGUGA